AGGCCAAAAUGAUUCAUUCGUAUCCCAAGUGUAACUAUGAUUCGAGAGUAAGUUUCGCUUUCGUUUCCAGUUUGAAUUUUAAUUCGGUUUACAGAAACUCGGAAAACAAACGAGUUGAUUCAAUUGUUGUCGACCCUUCUGUAAAGCUGCAAUACUUGUUCAAACUUUGAACCCCGCCCCCUUGUUUCAUUUACUCCGUUUCACUGCGAGGCCGGUGUUGUUCAUUUCAGUUGGUAAUUUAAAAAAAAAACAAAAAGCAUCGAAAUGCCCAAGAAAUUUCGCCUCAGAGAGUUGCGUGAGGUGGGGCUGAAGUUUAUGGAAUUUCUAAAGGACACGAAGCGAGAAGAAGUGACCGACUUGAAGGCCAUUAAAAAUAUUUACAAUUCCGAAUUCCGUGGCAGGAAUGGUGUCAUAAGUGUCAAUUUUUCAAAUGUACUUUAUGCACUUGGUCGAACAGGAAAAGCCAGAGCGGCUGGUGACAAGGUCUACUUUAACUCUCAGUGGAAAAAGGUGGAGUAUGCUGACCAGUAUCGUAGUCGGUGGCCUGAUCCCGCAAGCAAUCUGGGAACACCAUUGCCUCCAGCCCCUGUCCAGGAACCAGGGAAGAGGGGCCGUGCCAAAGCCAUCAUUCAUCAGCUGAAACAGAACAGGAAACAGAUGAUCCAGAAUAAAGGUGGUGUGAGUGUGUAUUCAGACUUUGAUGUUGGUGAAGGUAAAAUCAGGGUUUCCCUCAACCCCAACGACCAGAAACAAGUCCCCAUUAACGUCAAAAAUGAAGGGAAUGAGACAGUGACUUUCGUACGGUGCGAGAUGCUUCGCAAGCUCCGAGUGUUCACCCUGAGGGAUGAGGCAAACGUGACCAGUUCCCAACCAUUCUCCUUGGCAGCAGGAGCAACUCACCAGAUUGAAGUCAUCUGCCCAAUGGCUGACUCUGGUUAUUUCCCGGUUACCCUCGUCUUUCAGUUCAAAGAUGCGAACUCAGAGCCCUUCAACAUUAUUCGAUUCUUCUCAGCUCGGGUAACGAGCAGCUUGACUGAAGAGUUGAAACCAACUGCCCCCUACAAACCUUACCAUGGUUCCAUUCGACGUUGGACAGACGCGAUUAUUGAAGAGGGGUCACAGCCAUGCAGCUGUUCCAACUACUUUCUGGAAAAAGAAAUAUCCCUGCCGCCUUAUGAUUAUCCUAAAGUAUUGUUAACAGCUCUCAAGAAAGGACUGAAACAGGACAGCAGUCUUUGUGAUGUGAGCAGAGAGAUACAAAGGAUUAAUUCAUUACUCGCCUCACCAUUGGUAUUUGACAAUUAUGGUGAGCGAUUCUGUUUGCUGCUACACAUGGAGGAAAUUCAAAUGGAAGCUGAUAUCACCAGGUACAGCAUGGAGGGGGUUACCAUGGACAGAGAUCGACACAACAGGAAUCUUCUCGUACUUAAGGUUCCUGGUGUUGCUGAGAACAGGCCAUCUGUGCUCCGAGGAGACCACCUCUUUGCGUCCAUGUGUGAUGAUGUGAAUCCUCCAAUCACGCGUUAUAAAGGCUAUGUCCAUGCAGUGGAGUUGGAACAAGUGAAGCUGGGCUUUCACCAAAAGCUUUUGAAUGAUUUUAUAAACAACAUGAAGUUUAACAUCUUCUUCACAUUUAACCGGUUGCCAUUGCGACUACAACACCGAGCUGCACAACUAGCCAAGUACACCAACCUGAAGGAUGUGCUCUUUCCCACUUAUUCUGAUGGACAAUACAUUCACCCUUUGGAAAAAAGUUUGGCAUUUUACGACCGGUCCCUCGAGGAAAAUCCAGAACAGGCUGCUGCUGUCCGUUGCAUUGUGUCCGGGAUCUCCAGGCCCGCUCCAUAUCUUGUGUUUGGUCCUCCAGGAACUGGGAAAACGGUUACUAUCGUAGAAACUAUCAAACAGGUGCUGCGCUGCAUCCCAACAGCACACAUCCUUGCGUGUGCACCAACCAACAGUGCCACUGAUCUCCUGUGUCAAAAAAUCCAGAAACAUGUGGAGAAAAGGUACAUUUACCGCCUGAAUGCCGUAAGUCGGAGCUGGGACACCAUCCCCCGAGACGUACAGGAAUGCUCCAACUGGGCUGAAUCCAAGCAGAUGUUCGAGUUCCCGCCGAAAGAGCAACUCCUGCAAUACCGUGUCAUUGCAACCACACUGAUUACAGCUGGAAGGUUGGCCUCUGCAAAGUUCCCCAAAGGUCAUUUUUCGCAUGUGUUCAUCGAUGAGGCUGGGAAUGCUGUUGAGCCUGAGUGUGUCAUUGCUAUUGCAGGAUUGCUGGAUGUGAUGGAUUUAGAAAAGAACAAGGAUGGUGGACAGCUGGUUCUGACUGGAGAUCCAAAGCAACUGGGACCAGUGCUGAGAUCCCCCAUUGCCAUCAAACAUGGUCUGGAUUUGUCUUUCCUGGAAAGGUUAAUGAGUGAGAACACCCUUUACAAGAAGAACCCAAGCACUGGCCGCUACAAUGAACAUUUUGUAACAAAACUUCUGCAUAAUUACAGGUCACAUCCCAGCAUUCUGAGGAUCCCCAAUGAGUUGUUCUACGAUAAUGAGCUGAAACCACAAGCUGAUACGUUAAUCAGCCAUUCUUACUGUCAAUGGCAACACCUGCUAAAGAAGGGCUUUCCAAUAAUCUUUCAUGGACUUCUAGGAGAAGAUCAGAGAGAGGAAAAGAGCCCAUCCUUCUUCAAUCUUGAUGAGAUCGAUCAAGUCUUGAAGUACCUGAAGAAGCUGCUGACCAACCAGGGAAAGAAGGGUGUUGCCAAGACUUCACCCAAAGAAAUUGGGGUUAUUGCUCCUUACAGGAAACAGGUUGAGAAAAUCCGCGAAGCGAUUAACCGAGUGGACAAGGAGCUGAAGGUCAUGGAUAACAUCAGAGAGUUGAAGGUGGGGUCGGUCGAGGAGUUUCAGGGACAGGAACGAAAAGUGAUUAUCAUCUCCACAGUCCGCAGCUGUUCUGAUUAUUUACAGAUGGACGAGGACUUCAACCUAGGCUUCCUUAAAAAUCCAAAGCGUUUUAAUGUUGCACUGACCAGAGCCAAGGCCCUGUUGAUAGUGGUGGGAAACCCCAUUAUCCUCAGCAAAGACCCAAACUGGAACAGAUUCCUGAACUACUGUGUCAAUAAUGAGUGUUACACUGGCUACAAUUAUGCAAGUGAUGAUCUUGAAAGUGACCUUGUUGAAGGCCUUGAAAAGCUUGGCCUGGACCCUGACCCAGCAGCAGAUCCUGAUACUCUCAGCAUGAUUCAACAGCAGCUGGAGCCUGAAUGGAGAAGUGAAGUUUGAUGAAACUGAAGCUUAAACAUGAAGACAGCAACAACAUUGCAAACUCUGAAUGUCUAAAAUUUGACUGGGAGAGCUGCUUUAGUCAAAUGUUUAUAUUAAUAUAUAUUUGUAAAAUUUGAGAAGAAAAUUGAGUUCUCUUAAAAUGAAGUACUUUCUAUAAAUUGUUUAGUUUCAAAAUUGUGAAUUUUUAACUGUUUUCUACAAAUGGGACCUAUGAUGUGUUAUGGUAAUGCUGCAUUUCUGAAUUCUGCUUUUUCCAUUGUGUUGAGGUUCUGCUCUGCAGGUACUGGUGUGGAAAGUCCAUCUUCAAACUGCCCAUGUAUCAAGAUGAAGUCUCACAUAGUUUGGGCACUUGUAGCUGAUCCCUAGUUCCACCUCUGACCUGUGUUGCACUGGCCUAUUCUUAGCAGCAGGGUUUACUGUAACAGACCUCAGCAAUUUUGGGGUCAUCUGCAGUUCCUUACCAACUUGCCUCUUUCCACCUUGGCAAGUUAUAGACUGCAGAAGGUAGACAGAACGUGUCCCUCCUCUCCUUGCCAACCAUGUCCAAAUAGCGACUCUGCUGAGUUGCUACUGGUUGGACCAUGGGCAGUGUAUUAUUUGUUUUGAACCCACGCUGCAUCCUGAGCCUUGCUGGCAACCUAGCAUUUGUGGAUGAUCUAAUACAGUCAAUCAUAAACUGUGAUGUUUACCCACACCUACUGUCUGUUUAAUUGCUGCUUGUUGCUCAGCUCAAACUUUAGAAAUGAGUGACAUACCUUAUGCUCCUUUAACAAAGAAGCUGCCUUUACCAGAUUCAUUAUCACUGAUCUUCAUAGUUAGCAACAAUUUUUCACUUACAGAUUGAGGCUGUGCAUAUUAUCGAAGACAUCUGUAAUCUGUAUGUAUUUGUCAGAAUGUGCAGGUUCCUGUAAUGCGCUUCCAAAUGACUGACUGCUUUGUCUGCUUCCUACUUCAGAUUUGUGGGAGGAGAUUUGAUUUUGCUAAAAUUUGAAGAUAUUGGGUGGACACCCAUUUAUACAUCUGUGAAACAGAAAAGGCAGAGAGACACACAAACGGAUGGCUGAUCGGAAACCAUGCAAAGUCAGGAUGACCGUGUUUGUGUGCCUGGUUUAUUUCAUCAGCAGCUGCUUGCUCCUGUACAGCCAAGUUCACAAACAAGGGGGGAGAAUGUAGUAAGAGGCUUAAUCCCAGGUGGUGAAUAUGUUCCUUGUUUGGUCUCUCACACCCAGCCCCUCGUUCCUUCAUUAUAUCAUUGCUGUGACUGAUCUGGUGGCAGUCUUCUUCACUGAGGUUUUCUAGAUGAAUAAUUAGCUUGUUUUGUCUGUGGCUUACCAUUUGAAAAAAAUGCAAUAUCUGGAGAUCUCAAUAAAUUUUAUAAAUAUAUAAAUAUUUA